GAGGAGGAUGAUGAUGAAGCUUACGUCUGGAAACGCGCUGUCGGAUUUCAUUUGGGUUCGGACGCGUUGCUUUCACAAAUCAAGGCUGUCAAGCGACGUCAACGUUCGAGACAUUCCACCCUUCGCUCAUUGACUGCCAGCGGGUCAACAACUCUAGCGGAUAUCUAUUUGAAAGUAGACUCGCAUAGGAUUGUCUGGUUUCCGCGCGACUGUACCAGCGAUGGACCUGUCUGAGAAGCGAAUCCCCGCUCCGGAUGAGCCCGUCCUUACUUUGCAGGACGAUGUCCCGCCCGCCAUCGGUCCCGAAACAACCCACGUCGUCGUUCACGAGACGACCGCUGGAACUGUAGUGGAAGAACAGGUGGCUGAAGAAGAGGAAGGGCCUUCGUUUACGGGCUUUUGGGACAAAACACGGUGGUCCGUGUCAUAUGCAUAUAACAAGCUAGCGGUCAAUCACCUCAGCUUCUACAAAAAAUGGACGUGGUUCAAUCGCAUAGACAAGGUCUUAAUACUGGGAGCAUUGCCGGAUAAGGCAGUCAUACAACUACUUCGAGAUACAGUAGCCGGCGUAAUCAACAUGUGUGCAGAGCACCCCGGAGAGGGUAAAAACAUCCGCUCGGUGGGCAUCAGUUAUCUGCGAUUGAAGACACCAGAUUUUACAGUACCUGAGUACGAUGCUCUAGUAACAGGCGUGAAGUGGAUAGAAAAGAUCGCGGACGGAUCUCCAGGGUCUGAUAACCGGCCGCCGCGUGUAUACGUGCACUGCAAAGCUGGUCGCGGACGGAGCGCCGCUGUCGUGAUUUGCUGGCUGGUGUAUCGAUAUCAACUUACUCCGCUCGAGGCUCAGAAUAUCAUGUUCUCAAAGCGGCCACAAGUUGACAAAACCCUCCAUUUGCACCCUCGGGUCGUGCAAUUCUAUCAAUGUGCACUGGAAACAAAUGGGGCCACUCGUCAGGAAUGGGAUGAUUCUUGAACGCACGCUGAGUGCGAGAACGCGGGUCUCCAGAAUGCCAAUCGGAUCACCGAAAGCCGACUGACGCCAAGAGGAGGAUGAAUGGGUUUCACAGUCGAGGGGGUUUCCGAAGAGUUCAACUGGUCUCCACUCAGUUCGGGAAUAGAUGCGGUAUGCAAGCAAACACGGUUGUGGUUAUCGAUACGUUGAUACGGCGUGCUCCAUUCUGGAACUGCA